AUGUCAGGCAUUCAACCUGUGGCGGUCUACGCCAUGAAAGUCCCUCCUGGAGACAUCAUGGUUCCUGCUGUCCCAGAGUUCGCUGCAAUGUUUCGAGUUACCAUGGCCGCGAUUGACCCUAGCGCCGAACCAGACUUGGAAGCCGCCGACGACAAGACACCCCCGCGCGCCACCCUCAAACUGGUCCGAGUUCCAGGUUUCGACGACUCUGACGAUGAAGAAGAUUCUGACGACGAGGAUUUUGAUCUCGACGACCUGGAGGACGAUGACGAGUCCUCAGAAGACGAGGACGAGGUCAAUGGCGGUCCAAGUGAGAAAAAAUCCAAGGAACUUGCAAAUGGUGAAGACGAGGAUGAAGACAUGGAUGACGAUGAGGAAGAUGAUGACGAUCCGGAAGCCACGAUGAAGGCACUGGCCGAGCUCAAAAAAAUCAUGAGAGCCGACUCAAAAGGCAAAGGCAAGGCCAAUGACGGCGAGUCCGACGACUCGGAUGAUGAUGAGGACGACUCGGAGGAUGAGUCCCUUGAACUCGAUGAGGUGGUCAUCUGCACCCUUGACCCAGAAAAGAACUACCAACAGCCCAUUGACUUUGUAGUCGCUGAGGGCGAGCGUGUCUUCUUCAAGGUCUCUGGUACCCAUACUGUGCAUCUUACUGGCAACUACGUUAUCCCCCAAGACGAUGGUUCAGCUUCUCUCUAUGACGAAGACGAUGAGGAAGAGGACGAAUAUGACCUGUCUCCAGAUGAGGAUGAACUCGACUUGCUUGAGGGCGCCGAUUCGGAAUCCGACGACCUAGACGAUCUAGAGGAUCCACGAGUGACGGAAGUCGAUAGCGAAGAGGAAGCAGCACCCAAAGCGGUCAAAGGCAAGAACAAGCGCCCUGCUGAGGAAAGUGAAGACGAGGAGGCAAAUCUCGACGAUAUCAUGGCCAAGUCUUUGAAGAAGGAUGAAGCUGCGCCUGCAGACGACUCCAAGAAACUCAGCAAGAGUGAGAAGAAGAAGCUCAAGAAGCUCAAGAAGAACGACGGCGAGGCUGCCGCUGUUGACGCCGCCACCGACUCGAAGAAAGAGACUAAUGGCACCGGUUCCGAAAAGAAAGUCCAAUUCGCAAAGAAUCUCGAACAAGGCCCAACCCCAGCCGGCCCAGCAACCACAAAAACAGACAAGAAAGGCGGCAAUGCUUCCCUAGGCGUCAAAGACGUUCAGGGCGUGACCGUGGAUGACCGCAAGAUUGGUAGUGGUCCCGCUGCGAAGAAGGGCAACCGUCUGGAAAUGCGCUACAUUGGCAAGCUCGACAACGGCAAGGUGUUUGACAGCAACAAAUCCGGCAAGCCAUUCAGUUUCAAGCUCGGUGCCGGUGAGGUCAUCAAGGGUUGGGAUAUUGGACUUCAAGGUAUUCAAGUUGGUGGCGAGAGACGACUGGUCAUCCCAGCACAUCUUGCUUACGGCAACAAAGCGCUCCCUGGCAUUCCGAAGAACAGCAAGUUGACGUUCGACAUUAAGUGUCUGGCUGUGAAAUAA